UGGGGGGACAGCGUGAGACGACCCGGUACCGGGGGUGGGUGCGGCGGCUCUUGUUAAUCGGGACUGGAAUAACCGGAGAGAUAGAGGCUGCGGGGAGACAGUAAGCCGGGUACAGUGUCGGCCCUAGGCCUCGGGCUUUGUCCGGCUUAUACACUCAGUUUGAAUGGACACAAUCUCUAAAGCAAGACUGUAAAUGUUCAGCAAUGGACAAGGAAGGAAUCAGUGAAUUAAUUUGAAGCUAAUAUAAACUCGCUAGACUGAUUCAUCAACAGAAAGCUUCUUUAUGGAGAUACUUUUGCAAAAUAUCUUGAUGACAUUCUUGUGUAUAACAUACAUUAGGAAUAAAGAAACUGAAAGCUAAAGGAGUGUGUGACAAAAUCCUGGAUUUUCAUUCGAUGUACAUUCCACCACCAGGAUACGUGUGGAAGUCCUUGGAUUACCCAAAAUCGGAAUGGGAGGAAUUGAAAAAGAUAGACAUUAUUUUAUUGUGAUGAAAGAAUUUACUGACAGCAAGAAGAAGAUCCAAAAAGGCUUAUUGGGCUAUUUCACCAGGUCAGAAAAUGGGGAAUUAUCUGCAGUUGUGGAGCUUAACAAGAAGACCAUAAAAUUAACAAAAGUGAAGCAAGAAGAUGUCCAAAAAAUCAGCAAGGAUGAAGCAGAGUUGCUUCUUGAAAUCCAGGACAUGUCUCAUCGAUGUGCACUUGUUCAGAAUGAAAAUCUUUUCAAAUCUAUUUCUAUCCUACAAAUUAAUGACAUUGUGCAAGUGAAAGGGGCCAAGGAAACAUGGGUAGGAAUUGUCAAAAAUAUUAUAAACUCUAAACGUGACAAUGGAUUGAAACUAAAUGGAACAUUGUUUCAAGUCGAGAGUGUGGAGGGAGAAGACCAUAAAACGAAGGGGAGGAAAAACGUCAAACACACUUUAAUUAAUGCAGGGGAUAUCACUUGCGCAAGUAAUACUAAAGUGGGACCAUCUCAUUCAGAUGAUAAAGAGAAUAAAUUAUACAGUGAUGGUAGGUUCGAACAUCAGUCGACAGUUUUCACUGAUGCAGAAAACUGGAACAAGUCCCCAGUUGGAAGUCAGUCUCCAAGCUUAUCACCCAGGAAAACGGGCAGAGAAAAAUCAGAUGAAGUUUCAACCUCAGCUCAUUUAAAGAUUUCUAAACACUACAGUUCCAAAACUUUCAACUCUACCCUAUCCAUUCCUGGUCAAAAACUUACGGAGAGUGACAGUAGUGCUCUAGAGGUUGAGUCAAUGGUGGAAGUAAAAUUGCCUAAUAAUGCUAUAGUCUAUGGAGUUAUCAGAUGGAUUGGUAUACCGGAAGGUCACGACAGUUUGUGGGCGGGAAUUGAGUUGGACUAUGAACUAAACAAUGCGAGCGAUGGAACGUUUGAGAAAAAUCGUUAUUUUUGUUGUGAACAGAACAAAGCAACUUUUAUACCAUUAAGGAACUGUAAACCUGACGCCCGCUUUUCAUCAAACGUACUGAAGGAGGUAGUCAACAGUCCAGUUCCUGCAUCAGUGAAGACCAUUCAAGAUAACCUGGCCGUACAAGAGGAUGUUCCUCCAGUGCGAGAAGCUGAAGCACUACAGCUUAUGAAAGGAAGAAUGAAAGGGAUUCAGGGACACCACAAUUCUUGCUAUCUGGACUCCACAAUUUUUAGCUUGUUCGCAUUCACGACAGUGGUAGAUAGUAUACUUCACAUGCCUGGAGGACACGAUGAGAAAAUUCAACGUGUACUGAGGGAGGAUAUAGUCAACCCACUUCGCAAGACUGGAGUUGUGAAUGCAGAUAAAGUGACAAAAUUAAGGAAACUAUUAGGAUGUGACACGUUUAUUUCGGCAGAGAAAGAUCCAGAAGAAUUCAUCAAUAUCCUAUUGCAUGAAGUGCUGGCAGUUGAUCCAUUGCUAAAGAUCAGGUCAGGCCAGAAAAUUCAAGAGAGCUACUGUUAUCAGAUAAUCCUGGAGAGAGACGAGAAACUGACCGUACCAACGGUACAGUUGCUUCUGGAGAGGUCCUUUCUCUCUUGUGACUUAAAAUUUGAGGAGAUCCCAUCGUGCCUGUUGAUUCAGAUGCCACGGUUUGGAAAAGAGUUUAAAAUGUUCCCAAAGAUUAUGCCCUCAUUGGAACUAGAUAUCACAGAUUUACUUAGUAACACUCUGAGACAGUGCUUCAUAUGUGGAGAAGUGGCAGAGUAUGAAUGUGCUCAGUGUCUUCUGGACCCAACACUUAAUCCAGGUGCCAUAAAACAAUACUGCUUCACUUGCAAUAAACAGGUUCAUUUCCAUAAGGAGAGGAAGGAUCACCAAUUCAGAAAAUUUCCAUAUCCAAGAGACAUUUCUGCCAGAUCCCCUUUUCCACAACACAGGAUGGAACUGUUUGCAGUGCUUUGCAUUGAAACCAGCCAUUAUGUUUCAUUUGUGAAAUAUGGGCCCAGCAAACAUUCCUGGCUUUUCUUUGACAGUAUGGCUGAUCGAAUUGGUGAUGAGAAUAUUCCAGAGAUAACGGAUUGUCCACAAAUAGGUGAUUACCUGCUGAUGUCAGAGGACAAGCUGGCUUAUACGGACCUGAAGCAGCUUGAUGGAUUUGCAAAGAGACUUUUCUGUGAUGCCUAUAUGUGCAUGUAUCAAAGCCCUAGGAUGUGCUUGUAUAAGUGAUGUGCAGCAGAGUUCAAAAGGCUGACAGUGAAACUGACCUUUCAAUAAGUUAUUGGAAAUAGUCUUGUCUUCAGUGUUCAACAUUCUUGAAUGGAGGAGCUCAUUGAAUGGGUAAUAACAAGUCUGGCAAAUGCUCCUGUACUAUCUUCUUCAAAUGAACUGCCCUGCAUGACAAAAUAACUCUGUAAAGAUGGCUAGCUAUUUUGACUUUGAAUUUAAACCUGUUUUAAAUAAAUGUUGGAUGCAACUAA